GCCGCGCCGAGCCCCGCCGUGCCCGGCCCGCGGCAUCCCGCAGCACGCUGCGCCGCUCGGGGAAAUGGCGAACUAGCGGGGAUUCGGGGAGGAGGGGGGGAAGCCGACGAGCGAUGGUACCUCCUUGCAGCUAAAGGUGGUGGUAGGUGGCUGCAGCGCGCGGCUCGGAGCUUGACCUCGGUUUGUUUUUGGGACUGCAGGCGAGAGUGACAAAUCUGAUGAGCUGAAAAACAGUAAAAAGCGGGAGGAUUUGGGGCAGCAGGAGAGGAAACCCCCUUCCUCCGUCGCCUCCCUGCCCCAGGCAUGUUGGCGCUGCCCCGCUGAGACGUGCAGAGUUUGGGGUUAACUCGCACCCGGCCGCCCUGGAAUAGAGACGCUCCGGACCGGAUCGGUUGGGGUUUGUGGUCUAUGUCUUGUUGGGAAAUCCGGCGGAUUUUUUUCUCGCUCGUGGAGGAAGAGCCCCGUCCUGGCGGUUGGCUUCGUGGUGUUUUUUGGAGGGCGAAGGAAGGGAAGGGAUCUUGCUUGAGCCGUACACAGAGAGAGCUCGGACAUGUGUUGUCAGCACAUCUGGGGAAUACAGUCUGCAAGUCCAGAAGGAAAAUUGCUGGGAUCGUUCAAACUGCGAUAUUGAUCUUUGUUAUUUUUUUUCGCCGAGGGAUGCACUUGGCAUGAGAAUCAGAGGAUGGAAAUUGUUUGGGAGGUGCUUUUUCUUCUGCAAGCGAAUUUCAUUGUCUGCAUUUCAGCUCAACAAAAUUCACCAAAAAUCCAUGAGGGCUGGUGGGCAUACAAGGAAGUGGUCCAGGGAAGCUUCGUUCCAGUUCCCUCCUUUUGGGGUUUGGUGAACUCAGCUUGGAAUCUUUGCUCUGUUGGGAAAAGGCAGUCACCCGUCAAUAUCGAAACCAGCCAUAUGAUUUUUGAUCCAUUCCUAACUCCGCUUCGCAUCAACACAGGGGGAAGAAAGGUCAGCGGGACAAUGUACAACACAGGGAGACACGUUUCUCUACGAUUAGACAAAGAGCACUUGGUGAACAUCUCCGGAGGGCCGAUGACAUACAGCCACCGCCUGGAGGAAAUCCGGUUACACUUCGGAAGUGAGGACAGCCAGGGAUCAGAGCACCUUCUCAACGGACAGGCGUUCUCUGGGGAGGUUCAACUGAUCCACUACAACCAUGAGUUGUACACAAAUGUCACAGAAGCUGCAAAGAGUCCUAAUGGGUUGGUGGUAGUUUCCAUAUUUAUGAAAGUAUCUGAAUCAUCAAAUCCAUUUCUAAAUCGUAUGCUUAACAGAGACACUAUAACAAGAAUAACGUAUAAAAAUGAUGCAUACUUACUACAGGGGCUUAACAUUGAGGAGCUUUACCCAGAGACCUCUAGUUUCAUUACAUAUGAUGGGUCAAUGACAAUUCCACCCUGCUACGAAACAGCAAGCUGGAUAAUAAUGAACAAACCCGUCUACAUAACAAGAAUGCAGAUGCAUUCCUUACGACUGCUAAGCCAGAAUCAGCCAUCACAGAUUUUUCUGAGCAUGAGCGACAAUUUCAGACCAGUCCAGCCCCUCAACAAUCGAUGUAUCCGAACUAAUAUCAACUUUAGUUUACAGGGAAAAGAUUGUCCAAACAAUAGAGCACAGAAACUACAGUAUAGAGUAAAUGAAUGGCUCCUCAAGUAAGACAGAGCAGGCAGAACCCAUAACCUCAGUGGAAUGCUACUACUGUGAUUGACAUAAUCUAGAAUGCACCCAAACUCACUCUUUCUUUGGGUUCGUGACAGCAUGUGCAAGCAUGCUGUAGGAAUAAAGCUGCCAUGUUGGAAACUCAACUUAAAAUUCAUUCAUAUGAUUGGUGGUAAUUAAAAAAAAUAAAAAGACAGUAUUACAGUAAAUGUGAUUACAAUUUUGAUACAGUUUUCCUGAACUAAUUUAGCAUCACAAAAAAAAAAAAAAAGGAAAAAAGACUUUUCAGCCUUUGUAUAUAUGAAAUUCUUCCUCUUUCCCCCCUCCC